UGCUGACGUUCGCUGAUGCCUGCCAGAAGCGUCUGUGUCUCUGACGCUGUUUUUAACUGUACGUGACUGAAUGUCCGGGUGGUCGGUGUGCUUAUUCCCUAAAAAUACAGCGGUUGUCGUAGUGGGCGGGCGGCCGACUCACAAUGACGUGUCAAGUAACAAUGGCGAGCACAGCACGAGGCCAUAAAGAGAUGGGGCUGUGACUACUUUAUUAAUGGAUCGACUGACGAAACAACACGAGGCGAUGCACAGGCAGGAAACAAGAUCCGAACAGACGUUGACCAGCCAUUCCGACCAGCAUCAGACAAGGAGCUCCGGUCAGCGCCCUGCACCCCCUGCAGGUGUCAUCCCUCCUGUGACAACACAAGACUAUUUUUAGACUCCACGCGGGAUUUCCCCUUCUCACUGUUGUGCUCACCUUCAUUCAAACAACAGCCGAGCUCUCACACGGGGGUCUGGUGUAAAGCUUGCAGUGCAGUCUUGUUCUCGGUUUAGCAGUGUGGCAUGAAGAAAAUGACAGUGCUAACCAGCUCAGUGAGCAUGGACAAAAACAAAAGCCGACAGAGAAUGACGAUGCUGCUACAGUUCAAAAGACGAUGGAGUCAUUGCGUCAGAUGGUCACGUGGUUCUACCCUGAUCUCGACAAGCGGGCCUAUUUCCUUCCACCCGUUUAUUUCAACCGCGAGUGCUUCAAGCAAACGUCUGUAGGCGGCCUGUCCGUCCUGGUAACCGAAACACCACCUGACAGUGUGUCACGACGGCGGCAGCCUCCACCCACGUCCGGUCAGUCCACAGCAAAGCCUUCACUACAGCCAGGAGUCGCCGCCUCCUCGGGCCCUGUGGCCGCUGCAGAACAAGGAAGGUGCAGCAAGAGCUCAUUAAGUACUCAGACAGUCACGUGCGCGAAGAUGUAGCCCAGCAGCACGUGCUGCACUGCCUUGAACGCCUUGGCCAGCGAUUCCCAGGAAGUCAUGUUUGUCAUCUCGCAGCUCGCCUUCUCCGACUACUUCAACCAGCCGUGCUACGCCGCAGCGGCCGGACUGGUACCGCGCUCCGCAGGCAUGGCGUCGCAGUACCGCAGAGGAGACUUUGACCUGCUGGUGAUCCACCGUCACCACGGCGUGCUGGUGGCCGAGAUCAAGGCCGUGGGACUGAAUGCGAACGAGCUGAACAAGAGUGUGCAGGAGGCCGACGCGGACAUCGCCAAGAGGGUGGGCAAGGCCCUCAAUCAGCUGAACAAGUCGGAGGCCGUUGUUAGACACCUCACUAGUGAUGUAGCUCCCACCCUGCCAGUUCGCAAGACCCUGAUGCUCCCGUACAUCGCCAGGAGCCAGCUAAUGAGAAUGCUGGCAAGCCCAUCGCGACCUGGAACAGAAACUUUGCAAGUGUCUGGGGCAGCUGACCCCAUCAGUGCCAUGGAACUGUGUAUGUGCUCAGAUGACAUGACGGCGCGUGAGACCCCAUGGGAGGUAACAGAUGAUGUCAUCACAAAGCUGCGUGGUUGGUGGCGUCGCGUAAUGACCGGUGGCACGAAUACAACCAUGACGUCAGCUUUGCACUUGGAGCUAGUGGCCAGGUUUGGAGGUCCUGCCACCACAGUUAACAUCCAUGCCAUUUUCCCCCCGCGUCUCGAGGUGCGGACGGAGGGACAGGCUGUGUCCGAGACUGGCGAGCGGAUCAUCCGCCUGGUGCUGACCCCCGACCAGCUCCGCAUCCUGCACUUGGCGACCCCCAGAGUCUUCCUGACAGGUCCGCCUGGUACUGGCAAAACGGUGGUGAUGGUGCUGAUGGGCUUGCAGUGGCUGCGGCAGGGACAUGAUGUGUUCGUGCUGGGGGUGGACGAGUACAGCCGCGCGGCCUCUCACCUCAUCUACCGCCAGCUCCGGGCCACGCUGCGCGCUGACCCCAGCGUGACCUCGGCAUUGGGCACGCCCCGCCUUCUGCUGUACGACUUCCUCAAGAACGAGACCGAUGUAGACCACGCUCUGCAAACGCUGACUGAAGCCAUGCUUCUGCGCAGACUCUGCACGUGCUGUGUGAUGAGUUCACGCCGGAUAUCAGCAGGGACGGAGAGCGCUAUCAGAAGUUCGUCAACGACUUGAUGGCGAGAGUGCCAAACCUACACCUGUGGACUGCCGGCCUGUGGAACAACAACGCACCGUCCGGCCUGCAGUUGGAGCCUCUCACCGUGCCCCUUAGAUGUGCCCCCGUCAUUCAGCGGGAGGUGGAGAAGGGAUUCAUCAGGGUGACGGCCUCCUCCUUGUACAACUACAGCGCCAGUGCAGCGCCCACCCCAUGCGAUGGGCCCAGCAUUAUACGGCUGAGCCACCAGGGACUGGGACACACUUCUGAACAGCCGGUGGACUGUGAACAGUGCGGGGUGGAGAUCGCCUCAGUCUUGACCCGUCACCUCCAUGUUGGUGCACAAGUGCCGAACUCCAGCAGCAACAACAUUGGAGCGGCUACAUCACCCCCUCCCUUGCAGUAUCGCGACGUAAUGGUCUUUGUGAGAGCCGACCUGCAUGACGACGCCAGCAAGCAAGGCGACGCCAAAGACCACCCGGGGUGCACCCCACUGGUGCGCGGGUUGCGUCACGCCGGCCUGCCUGUGAAGGUGCUGCGCAAUGGUCAAGACAGCGACUGGCAGCAAGACGUGCAUGACGUGGCGCUGGGCCAGCACGACCACAUCACCGUGGCUAACUACCGUGACGUGUCGGGGCUGGAGCGCAAGGUGGUGGUGUGGGUGCCGGGGCGGCUGCGAGGGCGAGACGACAAGCGCAGUGACGAGGACCUGGAGGCGCGCGGCCGGCUGUACGCCGUAUCGCGCUGCACGGCGCAACUGGUUGUCGUGCAGCUGCCGAGCCAGGACGACAGGCACUGCCGCAACGCCGACGUGCCGCCAUUGUCAUAUAAAGCUCACAGACUGUCAACAGAUCAGCUUGCUACCAACACCGGAGACAUAAAACACAAAUCCGUGGUUUUUGCUUCUGCCUGACUUGCCAAUAUCAGGACCGUGGUUUGGGAUAACCACAUUUCUCUAUGCCCAGUAUGUCUUUGUGGCACAGACACAGUGGAGUGGAAACCAGGGGGAAGGGGUGGCGGUAGCAAGAGAGCAGCUUUGCCCUCAAAAAGUUAUACUAAGAGGGCAAGAAUAUCUUUUUUCCCCUUCUCCUCAAUUCUUGAGAAGUGAUUCUUCACGGAGAACAAAAAAGGUAGAGAAACCGAGAGACAAAUGACAAAUCUUUAUUUAGGAGGGUAAUCUAAGCAAAAGUUACGCUCUUUUACACCUAACCUCGAUCUAAAUAAAAGAAAAAGAAACACUAUUACAAACAAAUCCAUUAAUCAAAGAAGACGCA